GUCUCCUCUUUCGGUUGUAACGAGACGACAGCUAGCCAUUAUAGGACUGUCGACGGUGUUUGCUAUGGUGUCGCGGAACUAGAUUAGUUAUGAAUGCGAGUGUUAGACUUUGUCUUGCUUUUCAAUUACUGAUCGCUUUAGCGGCAUCGCCCAUCGAUCAUAAAGACACUCGCGUGAAGAAGAGUGCAGACCCACAAUGGGAUCGCAACCGUUUCGGCCCCCCUGGGCUUGCACGUAACAGAUUUGGCGGACAAAUGAAUUUCGAUGGACAAAGAGGUCCUCCAGGUCCUCCAGGUUCACGUGUAGGUCCACCAGGUUUGUAUGGUGGAUCUCCUGGAUCACCUGGGCGAGGACCACCACCUGAUCGAGGACCACCACCGUCUGGAUUUCGCGGUGGCAGGCCUCCUGGAUUUCCUGGCGAACCACCACCUGACUUUCCACCUGGAUUUAACAGAGGUGGUCCACCUGGUCCUAACGGAGGUGGCCCACCUGGACUUAACGGAGGUGGCCCCCCUGGACUUAACGGUGGUGGUCCCCCUGGUCCCCCUGAUAUGUUUAACAAUCCUAGAAGAGACCCAGGAAGACCCAAUUUCGACUAUAAUUAUGAAAAACCAAGAAGGAAGCCAGAAAAGGAACAUUCGGCUGAUAAUCAGGAAUCAAUCGGGACCACGACUAUAUUGCCUCGUACAGAUGACACUUCUUGCAGGAAAAACGAGUUCGGUUGUGGAAGCGGCGAAUGUUUACCGGAGACAGCGAGGUGCGACAACAAAUUCGAUUGUCGCGAUUCGAGCGACGAGCUCGGCUGUGUCAAAAAACCGGAAAACGGCUGCGUCCUUCCCGAACAACCCGAAGGUGGAAGUUACGAACUGGGUGGUUGCGGUAAACCUUGUUCCAAGCGUCACGGAGAUAAAGUUCCCAGAAACAGCAUUCUGACUUACACCUGUCGGCACAAUUACGUUUUGAACGGAAGUGCCGUUCCCGUUUGCGUCAACGACGAAUGGUACAACCUGCCUUCGUGUCUCAAAACGUGUCCUCCGUUGAGCAGCAGCACGGUGAAUAUUUUAUGCUCGUACCAAGGGAACGAAGUGUCUUGCACCGAUCGAAUUAAACCUGGAACGGUGGCGACUUUGUCGUGCAAAUCGUCUUACAAAUUGCCCGUGACGAAUGACCCAGCGUAUCGCACAGUCACUUGUCUCGAAGACGGAUUAUGGGACCGUCGUCUCUUCCGGUGUCUUCCAGAGUGCGGGGUGCCCAUUUCACAAGGUAACACGCUGAUAGUAAACGGAUUCGAGGCGAAGUUAGGCGUAUUUCCGUGGCAUGUUGGUAUUUACCAGAAAGACUCGCAGAACGAGUACGAGCAAGUUUGCGGAGGCACACUCGUAAGCAACAAUCUGAUCGUAUCAGCCGCUCACUGUUUCUACGACGAAGUGUACAAUACAGUGAACGACAAAUCGAGCUACGCGGUGGCGGCUGGCAAGCACUAUCGCGAUUGGAACGCGGUGGAGAAUUACGUGCAAAAAUCGAUGGUAACCAAGAUCAUGUUACCCGAACGUUACAUCGGUGCGAGAGCAAAUUUCGCUGAAGACAUAGCCCUGUUACAAUUGGCCACCCCCUUCGAGCUGACCGCCAUGGUGAGACCGAUCUGCAUGGACUGGGACAACGUGUACGAGCGGAGACAACUACACGUAGGCCAGAAGGGCAAGGCCGUUGGCUGGGGCAAGACGAUCAAGGGUGUACCUAGUAAGACUCUUCAGGAGGUGAGCAUGCCCUAUGUUCCUUACAACGACUGUGCGUCUGCCGUGCCUGACGAUUUUCGGGGCUACAUCACUUCCGACAAGUUCUGCGCUGGCCGGUUGAACGGUUCGAGUCUUUGCGAAGGUGACAGUGGAGGAGGAUUAUUCUUCGAACUAGGGGAAGUCUGGUAUCUACGUGGUAUCGUCAGCGUCAGCCCAGUCAAGCACGAUACGUGUGAUUAUCACUCUUACACGGUAUUCACCUCGACUGGCUACUUCCGGGAUUGGAUUCGCGACGCUUACGUCAGCGCGUAAACACAAGUACUCGCUCUUUUAUGAAUUCUCACGAUGAGUUUGAUCAGCAGUCAAGUAUAAGAGAGGCUAUACCUGAUGAAGCAAGAGGGAAACGUUAUUCGUUAAUGAUUUUCAUUGAACUUAGAAGUGCUUCCUUAUUGCAACUAUAAAAAUUGUUACAAGGAAGAACGAAACCGUUUAUCAUCUGAUUUGCACAUACUGGACUCUGAAUUAACGAGAUUUGUCAAGA